AAUGCGUACGGUUAACAGAAUGAAUAACGUCAAUUUCUAGGGGUGGGUGGGUGAUAUAUUACAAUUAAUUCAAUAUAGUUGUCUUCAUAGUACGAAUCCUCGAAUUUUAAAAUUUCCACGAACAAAAGAAACAACUACAAUAAUUUUAACGGUUACCAAAAAAAAAAUUAAGUUCUCUCGUGUAAGAGCAUUUGUGUUUAACCAGGAAAAGAAGUGCAACAAUCCAAUUCAGUUUUGGUGACACUGAUGUUAAAUGGAAAGGCGACAUAAAAAGCUACGAUCUGGACAAAUCAAUUUGUAAAAUUUUGAUUCCUAUGUUAUCAUGCUCUUUGAGGCACUCCAAAAAUCUACAGGAAACGACUUUUAAAGGAGCCAUUUUUCCAUAUCCUAUUCCGAAUGUUUCUGCAAAAGAAUGUUAAGAUAAUUUUCUUUGCGUAUAUCUAAUAACAUCUGUCUGACUCGGAAAAUUCAAGUUGCGAAGCAUAAAUUCAACACCUGAUCAACUUGGAAAGAUUGAAAAUCUUGUAGGUUGAUUAAUUUUCUUAGCAACUUUGCUUUAUAUCGAAUAAUUCAUAAAUCAAUAAUGAGCCUAUGCUAUCAUGCUUAGGUGAAAUAAAGCAUGCAUUCUGACAGCAGACACAAACAUUUGAUUCCUGCUGAUACUAGUGCGGAAGCGUGCCGUUUUAACGUUCAUCGGAUGGUAGUUACCACAAGUCACAUACAUAUCCUCAAACCUUCAAGUCCGAAGCCAUUACAACAAGCCAAGCUUUAUUUCCAAAAAGGAGGGGUUACGUUAGUGAAAUAAAAAAUCUAUAAACAUUCUGUUUCAUGAUGUGUUAGUUUCACGAUCUGCUGAAGAUCGAAAAUUAGAAUUGAGGAAGAUAGGACAAUUAUUGGAAAAAGCACAUCCCUGGACCCGCGCGUCAGCUUAUAAACUGUUUGUGUUAAACAUUAACUUUAUCUGGAACCGAGGUGGUAUAUAGUAAAGAGACGCAUUUAAGUGAAUGGACAGCAAACCAAGGUGUCUAAUUCUGCUCUGAGUACCAACUGUGCAAUUUCAAAAAAAAUUGUUACGAUGGCUGAGUCCGUUACAAACUCGGUCUCGGAGAAAGGAAUAAUUGUGAUGGCAGUUGACUAUAGUAAAAAUUCGGAAUGGGCUUUUGACUGGUAUGUGACGAAUUUCCACAAGCCGGGGAACAAAGUAAUUCUCCUUCACGUACCGGAGAGCUACAUCAACGCCACCACCAUGAGUCCUGGCCGAGUCGUGGAGCUGCAAAGAGAGUCAGAUGGGAAAACAUCAGAUCUUAAACAGAAAUUUAUUGACAAAGCCAGCAAAUUAGGGAUCGAGGCUGAAUUCCGAGUAGAAAAUGCCGACAAACCUGGUCAUGCUAUUGUAGAUGUCGCCCAGAAAGAGAACGCCACCUUUGUUGUCACUGGCACACGAGGAAUGGGCAAGUUCCGGAGGACAAUUAUGGGCAGCGUCAGUGAUUUCGUCGUCCAUCAUGCCCAUUGCCCAGUUUUAGUUUGUAGACACAAAGAAAAGUAGAUUGAAUUAGUAUCGACCUAUUCCACGCUGCGCGCCAGUAGCUACAUGUGUGUACAGCUACACAACUGGUGUCUGUAUUAAGAGUGUACAGUAAAUAUUUACUCAUGGACAGGUGCAUCUUUUAUUCGUUAAAGUAAUUUAGAUUCAGACAACAUUUUACAUGAACCUAUUAAAAUCUGAUUUAAAAAGUUCCCGACAGAGGUAUAUUUUUCUUUCUUUUAUUCAUCGUUUUAUUCGUCUGAUACAUGUUUUCAUACACACAGAACAGGAUAGUGAUUUAUAGACCCUAGCUCAGUGUCGCAUCGUCGAAUCUUGUUUGUUUAUCAGUUGUAAGCAUUAAGACACACACUCUUUAGAGCUCUCAGCUGUUGGUAAUUUUGUUGUUGCGAUUUUAUGCUGUUUUGAUGACAGGAAUGGGUGUUGUAUGGAAUGGAAAUUAAUGUAACUCUAUGUUGUGAUUGUCUCUCAUGCUUAUCAUGAUAGGGUAUUAUUUAUUGUUCUGUGUUUUGAUUUUUAAAGAAAUAAAAUAGCAAACUUUA